UCAUGACUCACUUGAUUAUGAAUCUUGGGUUGAAUUUAGUCAUGUGGUAGAAGCAGAUGCCAUUGGAUGGCCAAUGAGACAACGUAUGGGACAGAAUCGAACGAACGCAAGUCAGAACCGGAAUAAGACGGAGCACUUUUUUGAUGAUCCCGGACAUGCAAUGGGAAUUGGAGUGAAGAUUGAUACUAUAAAGC